UCAGACCUUCCAUUCGCAAAAGUCUCUCCUCUCCUCUCCUCUCCUCUUCACCUCUCUCUCUCUCUCUCUCUCUCUCUCUCUCUCUUCCCGUGAAUUAUAAAGCGAAGUCCGAAGCUCGGAUCGCAUCUUCUUUCUCCUCCUCGACCGAGACAAUGGCAGCUUCUCCGUCGCCGCGCGAAGAGUUCGUCUACAUGGCCAAGCUGGCCGAGCAGGCUGAGCGCUACGAGGAGAUGGUCGAAUUCAUGGAGAAGGUCUCGGCCGCCGCGGCCGACGCCGAGGAGCUCUCCGUCGAGGAGCGCAACCUCCUUUCCGUGGCCUACAAGAACGUCAUCGGCGCCCGCCGUGCUUCCUGGCGCAUCAUCUCCUCGAUCGAGCAGAAGGAGGAGAGCCGCGGCAACGACGACCACGUCUCCCUCAUCCGCGACUACCGCUCCAAGAUCGAGGCUGAGCUUUCCAAGAUCUGUGACAGCAUCCUCAAGCUCCUCGACUCCCGCCUUAUCCCUGCCGCCUCCGCUGGCGACUCCAAGGUCUUCUACCUCAAGAUGAAGGGCGACUACCACAGGUACCUCGCCGAGUUCAAGACCGGCGCCGAGCGCAAGGAGGCCGCUGAGAGUACUCUCACCGCUUACAAGGCCGCUCAGGACAUUGCCAAUACUGAGCUUGCCCCAACUCACCCGAUUCGGCUCGGGCUGGCCCUCAACUUCUCCGUCUUCUACUAUGAGAUCCUGAACUCCCCUGAUCGUGCUUGCAACCUUGCCAAACAGGCUUUUGAUGAAGCAAUCGCCGAGUUGGACACCCUGGGCGAGGAGUCCUACAAGGACAGCACUCUGAUCAUGCAGCUUCUCCGCGAUAACCUGACCCUGUGGACCUCCGACAUGCAGGAUGAUGGGGCCGACGAAAUCAAGGAAACACCAAAGCCCGAUGAACAGCAGUGAGGUCUUCUCCACUGCUAAGUUAUAAUGUCAAUCGAUCUCCUCCUCUAUAUGUUUUUAAACGGAGAAGGUGCUUGCUAUUGAUUUCUCUUUCUCAAUCUGCUAUCUGUCUGAGUCCUAGGCAUGAACUGUUGUCUCUGUACCUGAACUCCCUGGGGGUUUCUUUUUUAGCUCUAUGUUAUCAAAUGGAUGUGCUUUCUGAUUACCUUAACUCUGCUGUUCCAUCGGCCGUGAAUGCCUUAAUUUUAUAAUCACUUCAGCUCGUUUUAUC